AUGGCAGGCCUCCAACUCAACGUCGACUGGAAGUCGAAUCGACGGGCCAUUGCCUUCUGUCUGGUGGCUGCGAUUGGUGCUCUUUGCUACGGUUACGAUACAAUCUACUAUACUGGUGUUCAAGGGAUGGCAUGGUUUGCGAAGGACUAUGGCGAGGAAGGGUCAGACGGCUCCUUUGCGCUUGGAACGACGUUCCUGUCCUUGUCUGCUAGUAUCAUCUAUGUGGGAGAGCUUGUCGGUGCAAUCGCUGCCGCUCCCAUCAAUGACCUUUUUGGCCGACGUGCCGUGUUCCUGUCUGCAUCUAUCUGUAUCAUCGUCGGAGCCGUCGUGCAAGCCUGCUCCUUUGGCUCGCAUCCAGUAUUCUAUGUCAGCCGUGUCCUGAUCGGUCUGGGUGUCGGGCAGUUCACCGCAACCUGCCUAAUCUAUAUCGGAGAGGUGGCACCGUCCGCUAUUAGAGGUCCAGCUCUCAUGUGCUUUCAGUUCAUGCAGUCCAUCUCUCAACUUGUUGGAGCCUGCGUCAACCAAGGUACACAGAGCAUCCAGAGCUCCCAAUCCUACCGCAUCCCCAUGUGCCUCCUCGUCGUUCUUCCAGGCAUCAUGCUUCUCUGCCUUCCAUUCACCCCGGAAAGCCCAGUCUGGUAUAUGUACAAAGGCAAGCGCGAGCAAGCGAUCAAAUCCCUGCGCAAGAUCAAUCACAGCAACCGCGACUACGACCCAUCCGCAGAUAUCCAAGCCAUCGACGAGGCAGUCCAGCAAGAACGGGAAAUGGCUAAGGACGCCACCUGGGCCUCCCUGAUCACCGACCCCGUCGAGCGCCGCAAACUUUUCUACGCCUGUGGCGUCAUGUUCGUCCAACAAAUCAACGGCAUCCAGUUCUGGUACACCUAUGGCGUCGUCUUCGCGCAGUCCAUCGGCGUCGCGGACCCCUUCACCAUCAACACCAUCAUCUAUGUCCUCCAGAUCAUCACUGUCGGUGUCUCCGUCGUCUUUGGGAACCGGAUGAAGCGCCGCACAAACCUCCUCGUGUGCUCAUGCGGAAUGUUCGUCUCCCUUCUUACCGUCGGCGGUCUCGGAACUACCAAGGCCGCCGAUGGCACGCUCAGCCGUGGCAUUGGCAUUGGCAUCGUCGUUCUCGCAUACGUGAACAUCAUAUUCUACAACUUCUCCAUUGGAACUCUGUCCUACUCCAUCGCAUCGGAGAUGUCCGUCGGCCGGAACAGAAACAAGAUUACCUCGUGCGCUAUGGGCGUGUUCUUCGUUACCGUCUGGCUCAUGGUCUUCACAAGCCCUUAUAUGUACUACACGGCGAACCUAGGCCCGAUGAUCGGAUUUGUGUACGGGGGUACAUCUCUGUUUUUACUGGCGUACUCGUGGUUCUGUGUUGGUGAGACUGCAGGGCGCAGCAAUGCGGAUAUUGAAAGACUCUUCCAGGAUAGGGUUCCGGUUCGCGAAUGGGCCACGUACGUUAUCCCCUCAGAUGAUGGGGAGGAUUUAAAGAAGAAGGGUACCAACGAUGAGCACAUUGAGAUGGCGUGA